UUGUUUGAACACACGAGCCGCACAGUCAUUGGUCAACUGUCACACAUAGACGUCACUAUCAGCCAAUCACAAGCCUCGGAACCCUCCCCCCACUGAACUCAUGGUCACACAAGGCUUUAAAGAGCAGCAGCAGCGGAACAUUCAGUCACAUUUUCUGUGAAGAACGGAGAAGAAUCGUUGAAGUCAUGGCAAGAACUAAACAGACCGCUCGUAAAUCCACCGGUGGAAAAGCCCCGAGGAAGCAGCUCGCUACUAAAGCCGCCCGUAAGAGCGCACCAGCCACCGGCGGAGUCAAGAAGCCUCAUCGUUACAGGCCCGGUACCGUGGCUCUGCGAGAGAUCCGCCGUUAUCAGAAGUCCACUGAGCUGCUGAUUCGCAAACUGCCUUUCCAGCGUCUGGUGAGAGAAAUCGCUCAGGAUUUCAAGACGGAUCUGCGCUUCCAGAGUUCCGCUGUCAUGGCCCUGCAGGAGUCUAGCGAGGCUUAUUUGGUCGGUCUGUUUGAGGACACCAACUUGUGUGCCAUCCAUGCCAAGAGGGUCACCAUCAUGCCCAAAGACAUUCAGCUGGCCCGCCGCAUUCGUGGAGAACGAGCUUAAAUCCACAGUGACGUCAUCCACAUC